AGAAAGAGCGCUGCACAUAUUAGAAUGCACGAAUAACAGGACCAUUGCUUUUUUUUCAGUGGCUAAUUAUUUUGUUAAUACUUUGCGCUUUUGGCUUUGCAGAAUGAGCAGGUGUGGACUGAAUAAUACAGAUUCCAUUCAUGACAUUUACAUUGGGUCGCUAAACUAUAGCAGAGUCCCUGCUGUCAUUCGUGCAGUUCAAGUUCAGCUAAAGUUAGCGAACGUUACGUAUUUAUAACGUGUACCGUUUCCGUUAAGCUGGCAACAUGUCACAAGAGGGGCUUUUUCCGGACUCUGCAGUGGCGGGACAAUUAAAGAGCGACGUCAAGGAGAAAAGGAGCAGGGUGAGUCGCGUGGGUGUCGUUGUCACGGGCGUGUUGGGAGGCUCGCUGGUCGCCCUGUACGCGGUGGCUGCUCCGUUUCUCGCUCCUGCCCUGAGAAAAGUCUGCCUCCCGUUCGUCCCAGCGACCACGGCUCAGGUGGAGAAUGUCCUCGGCAGUCUGCGAGCCAGAUCAGGGACCCUGGUGGACAUUGGCAGUGGAGAUGGAAGGAUAGUGAUCGCCGCGGCCAAGCAUGGGUUUCAAGCGUCAGGCUUUGAGCUGAACCCCUGGCUGGUGUGGUAUUCUCGCUACAAGGCCAUGAGGGAGGGAGUCCACCGCUCCACCUCCUUCCACAUCUCGGACUUGUGGAAGGUCAGUUUUGCUCAGUAUUCCAAUGUUGUCAUAUUCGGAGUCCCUCAAAUGAUGGACCAGCUGGAGCUGAAGCUGGCAAGCGAGUUACCGAGCACAGCCAAAGUGGUGGCCUGUCGUUUCCCCUUCCCUACUUGGGUGCCUGAACACACCGCCGGGGAGGGCAUAGACACCGUUUGGGUGUACAACGCCAAGACAUUUAAAUCACACCUGCAACAUAGAAUGGCAACACCAGAUUCACACACAUAAAUGUCAACACCUGUUGUUAAUUUGUCAUCACAUGUUGGUACCUGCGUACUCAUGCCUAAAGCAGGGGAAUAAUCAGUCAGGCAUUUCAUGUUUGGUACAUGUUUGAGGCUCAAAACCAGACCAGGAAUAAAAAGUUAAUGAUUUGAGAAAGUAGAAAUAAAUGGUAUGUGCCAUGAUUGAUGGCAUGACUUGAUUAUUAAUAGAAAGUUUAAUUGUUUAUUAUUUCCAAAAAGACAAAGGUAUUGCUAAAUGUCCGCAAAUGACAGAAGAUUGCCAACCACAUUAUUUUGUACAGCCUCUACAUAAAGCUCCUGCACUUUAUCCUGUUUCUGUUUUUUGUGUAUUUAUAAAUAAAGGUGUGUUGCGCUUGGCUGCCACCUAGUGGUGAAACUCCC